AUGGCUUCUACAGAAACCACACCGUCGAUGAUCACACCCUACGAUCGAGCAACCGAACUCAAAGCGUUUGACCAAACAAAAACCGGUGUCAAGGGCCUAGUCGAUGCAGGGAUUAAAGAAAUCCCUCGCAUCUUCAUCCAUUCACCCGAAACCAUCCCCAAAACCAACAUGCCUUUCAAGAUUCCAGUCAUAGACCUAGCAUCACCUGACCGAGCAUCAACGGUUGAGAUGAUCCGUGUAGCGUCCCAAAAUCUAGGAUUCUUUCAAGUUAUUAAUCACGGAAUCCCCGUGAGUGUAACGGACGAGACUCUUCAAGGCGUCCGUAGAUUUCAUGAACAACACGUGGAGGUGAAGAAACCAUUUUACACUAGAGAUCAUUCGAAAAAAGUAGUGUAUAACAGUAAUCUGAAUCUAUAUGGUAACCCAGCCACAGACUGGAGAGACACAUUCUUUUCAUUCAUGGCACCAUCACCUCCACUUCCAGAAGAAUUGCCAGAGGUCUGUAGAGACAUACAAAUCGAGUACUCGGAUCAUGUGAUGAAACUAGGCGGAGUAUUGUUUCGUUUGAUAUCCGAGGCCUUGGGGUUAAAACCUGAUCACCUUAUAGAUAUGGAUUGUGACAAGGGGCUGACAUUUGUAGGACAUUAUUAUCCUGCUUGUCCACAGCCAGAGCUAGCUAUGGGUGCAAGCAAACAUUCUGACUUUGAAUUCUUAACUGUGCUUCUACAAGAUGAUAUUGGAGGCCUUCAAAUACUUCAUCAAAAUCAAUGGAUUGAUGUUCCUCCCACUCGUGGCGCGCUUGUCAUCAACAUUGGAGAUUUACUACAGAUGAUAGCAAAUGACAGAUUGAAGAGUGUGGAACAUAGAGUUGUAGCAAAUGAGAAAGGGCCUAGGGUAUCGGUAGCCUGUUUCUUUAGUACCUCCCUAAUGCCGUCAACAAGAUUGUAUAGACCAAUUAAGGAGUUGGUUUCCGAUGAAAACCCGCCAAGGUAUAGAGAAACCACUAUUCAUGACUAUGUUAAGAAUUCCUUCUCAAAUAGCCUUGAUUGCGUGAAUAAUCGUUUAGCACAUUUGAAGCUGUAAUAUAUCACUUCUUUUGGU